GUAGCUCAUGGAUUUGCUCGCGUGGGUGCCAGUAAUGUCUCCAUUCAUCCCUGUCGCGUGCUAGUGCAGCCCAAUGACGUCCGCUCACUCCUUAUGUCACCUUCAUUAUUUCUUCAGGGGCCUCAUCUCUGAACCGUUUCUCUUCUCGGGUGCUGGGGACCCGGGCAGUGUGGAGUCUCGGGCAGGGGGUCCUGUCCAGCCCUUGAUGGGCUCAGCAGAGGAGUUAGAACUGGAGGCCGUGAUGGUUCGGCUGGGGGCGAGGGGUCUGGGUCCUUUCAGGUCAGGGCUAGGAGAGCAAGGGGUACAGUGGGGUCCCCGAGAGAAGGCGCCUGGGGCUGCUAAGGGAGGGCAGACCUGCUGAGCACAGAGGCCCUUGGGGUCGACAGCCAUUGCUGUUAUAGUUUUGUCUUCCCGCCACGCCGGGGUUUCAUCCCGGCCCCCCACCCCAUGUCCCUGCCCCCCUCGCGGCCCGAGCAACCCGCCUGUCACCAUGCCCUGUGGUUCCUGUCGCACAGCCCCACUUCUCAGCACAGACAUAAACAAACAUGUCUUUGUUUAUCACUUGCUGGACCUCUGCAUCGUGAGGGCCUUGUGGGCCUGUGUCAGCCGCCCCUUGGUCUCAGUGCUUGGGAGACCUCAGUGGGAGCUGUGCAUCCAUGACGUGCUUCACGCAUGCUUAGCGAGCUGCCCUGCAUGUACCGCCCUGCGUGUGCCACCCUGUGUGUGCUGCUCUGCAUGUGCUGCCUGAGUGUGCCACCCUGCAUAUGCUGCUCAGCGUGUUCUGCCCUGUGUGUACCCCACUGAGUGUGCUGUUUGGUACAUCCUACCCUGCGGGCCGCUCUGCACGUGCUUUGGGCUGGCUCACAUUGCUUUGGGCCCUUCAGCUGUAGGCACAGCCCUGUGGUCUCUGGAACUGGAAAGGGAAGGUCUUGUACAGCUUGAGUCGCGGUGAGGCGUAAGGCACUGCUGGGGCUGGGCACUGGAGGGACAGGACCACAGUGAGGCCCGAGGUCAGCAGUGGCCCCGCACGUCCAGCCACCCGGUCCUUCCUGGACUGCGGGGAGCUGACGCGAGGCCUGGGGCCCUGGGCACUGUCCCUGCCGCAGCUCUGACCUGCGCAGGUGGAGCCCUCGGUGGGGGAGCGGGCGAGCUUUGAAAUCUGAGCGGCGAUGGCUGCUGGAUACCACAUUGUCACCCAGGGCUCCAAGAUAAGGCCGUGCCCAGCCGACUUCCUGUCAACCAUCCCAGAUCAGGAGAGACGGCCGGGUGCAGGCCUCCCCUGCCCAGUGGCAUGGUUCAGGGUGGCCCGGCUGACCCUGUAAGGGCCUUGUGGCCUGCCCUAGCUCGGGACGAUCCGGGCCUCUGGUGCCCGCCUGUCUUUGAGACUUGACUGGUUCCUCCUCACCUGCCUUCCUCAGCCCCUCGUGAGCUCCCGGGUGUCCCCAUCAGCCGCCCUGAGCCCCACGCCCUCUGCUUCCGUCCCCCUGAAUGCCGGGGUUCCGGUGCUGCUGCCCCACCUGCAUGCCCUUAACAGUCUGAAGUCCCCGCAGUGAUCAUGUCGUCAUGGGAAUGCUUCGAGGCGGGGGGGCGCUCCAAGUGUCAGGGUGCAGGCUGUGCCUCCCAGGGCCCUGAGCACCACUGAGAGCAGCUCCUGGGCAGCAGGCAGGCUCUGGGUGGGGCCCACGCCAAAAAAGGAAAGGAAGACAGCAUUGAAUCAGUUUCUUCUGAGACAUGGCUUCCCCACCCCUCUGAGCAUUUAUGGUCUGAGAUAAUUUUCUGGAGUCUGGCUGCGGAGGGCUUUGUGGUGGAGCAGUGGAUGGGCUGGGGCAGGCCUCCUGCAGCGCUCGGCCCUGGGCCUGUGGCAGGCGCUCUGAAAAGCGCCCAGCAGGAGGGCAGAGUGGAGCCCGGGGGUACUGUGAGGGCCACGUGAGUGCCGAUGUCCCACGUCCCACGAACCUCCCUCCCACGUGGAAACAAGAUGAACUAGACGCGCCUCGGCAGGAUCUGCAAGAGCCGUAUGCGAGGACCCACGUGCGCCCGCCAUGGAGGGCCUGCUGCACUACAUCAACCCCGCGCACGCCAUCUCGCUGCUGAGUGCGCUCAACGAAGAGCGCCUCAAGGGGCAGCUGUGCGACGUGCUGCUCAUCGUGGGCGACCAGAAGUUCCGCGCACACAAGAACGUGCUGGCCGCCAGCAGCGAGUACUUCCAGAGCCUCUUCGCCAGCAAGGAGAGCGCGGCCCAGAGCGUGUUCCAGCUGGACUUCUGCGAGCCCGACACCUUCGACCACGUCCUCAACUACAUGUACUCGUCGUCGCUGUUCGUGGAGCGGGGCGGGCUGGCGGCCGUGCAGGAGCUGGGCUACAGCCUGGGCAUCUCCUUCCUCACCAACAUCGUCUCCCGGACCCCACAGGCCCCCUUCCCGCUCUGCCCCGGCCGGAGGGCGGCGCUGGCGGACGACGAGGACAGCGGCGCCCAGAAGAGAAGUGUCAUCGUGUGUCAGGGCAGGAGUGAGGCCCCCGGCCACGCGGCCAAUCCUGGCGCGGCCGAGGUGGGCCCCGGCCACCGACCCUCCCCCAGCGGGGCGGCCAAGCUCGGCGGCGGGCCACCCCAGGGCCCGGCGCCCGGGGACCCGCCGUGUGCUGUGGCCUCGCCCGAGCGCCCCACCUCGGCCUACCCCAAGGUCCUGGAGCACGCGGGCCCCGCGGAGGAGCCUGGUCGGGGCAGCCCCCUGAGACGGGCCCCGGCCGGGCUCGACAGAGAGGCGGCGCCUGAGAAGCAGGGGGCCGGCGGGCCGCUCCCCAAAGGCAGAGCGCUCGAGCUGGCCCUGCGGAGGCCGCGCCCCCCCGUGCCGCCUCUGCGGAGCGCAUCCGAGACGCCCUACCUGCUGACGGAGACGGGCCGGGGCAGCGGCACGGCCGAGGACAGGAACCUGCUGUACUACUCCAAGCUGGGGCUGGUGAUCCCGUCCCCGGGCACCAACCCCGGCAGCCAGAGCAUCGACCGGAGCGGCCCGCUGGUCAAGAGCUUGCUCCGGCGCUCCCUGUCCAUGGACAGCCAGGUGCCUGUCUACUCGCCCGCCAUCGAGCUGAAGCCUUCCCCGGGCGUGCCCGCCGCCCUGGGGGACACGCCGGCCACCGUGCGGUGCAGCCCAGCGCAAAAGGCCGCCUUCCCAGAGUGCGCCGAGAGCGCGGGCGUGGACGCGCGGGCCCCGGCCCCCCAGCCGCACCGCCUCCGCUCCUUCAGUGCCUCCCAGUCCACGGAGAGGGAGGCCCCGCCGGCCUCCGAGGUGCCCAUCAAGACGGAGCCCCGCAGCCCGCUCUCAGACCCCUCCGACAUUAUCCGAGUCACCGUGGGCGACGUGGCGGCUGCCGGCACCAGAGACCUCGCUCUGAAGACGGAGGACAACCCCAAGGCCAUGAGCAGGCUGCCCGCCAAGAGGAGGUUCCAGGCUGACCGCCGGCUGCCGCUGAAGAAGCUGCGGGCGGACGGCCACGGCUCCCCCGCGUCCGCAGAGCCCUCGGAGGGGGCCGCCAGCCCGCCUCUCCUCGACGCUGACUUUGCAGAGCCCCAUUCGCCUCGAGAUGCCUUUGGUGAGUUGGAGGGAGCGAGGCCCAGCAGAAAGUUUAAGUGCAAACACUGCCUUAAGAUCUUUAGAUCCACCGCCGGCCUUCACCGGCACACUAACAUGUACCAUAACCCGGAGAAGCCGUACGCCUGUGACAUCUGUCACAAGCGCUUCCACACCAACUUCAAAGUGUGGACCCACUGUCAGACCCAACACGGCAUAGUGAAGAACCCGUCUCCGGCUGCUAGCUCACAUGCCGUCCUGGACGAGCGGUUCCAGAGAAAGCUGAUUGACAUAGUGAGAGAGCGAGAGAUUAAGAAGGCCCUGCUCCUCAAGCUGAGGCGCGCCAGGCCGGGGCCCCCGGGCCCGAGCAGCUCCCCCGCGCCCGCCGUCAAGAGGCCUCUGCGGUCCCGGGCCCGAGGAGCGUACGUGUGCCCGCACUGUGGAAAAGCCCACCGCUUCCUCUCGCAGUUCAAACAGCACGUAAAAAUGCACCCGGGCGAGAAGCCCCUCGGCGCCGGGCGCGGGGCCCCGGCCCGGGAGGAGGCGGCGCGGCCCGGCGCGGUCGGCGGCGAGCAGGUUUACGCGUGCCGCCUCUGUAAUGCUGCGCUCUCUUCUCUCCUAGAGCAAGGCCCCCACGAGCGCCUGUGCCGGAACGCCGCCGUGUGCCCCUACUGCAGCCUUAGGUUCUUCUCGCCCGAGCUCCGGCGUGAGCACGAGGGCCAGUGCGAGCACAGGAAGCUGACGUGCCUGGAGUGCAUGCGCACCUUCAAGUCGGCCUUCAGCAUCUGGCGGCACCAGGUGGAGGUGCACAACCAGAACUCCAUGGCGCCGCCCGACAGCCUGGAUCACAACGGGGAGGCUGCCGCUCCCGUCCCCGCCACCGCCACCACCACCACCGCCACCGCUGCCACCGCGGCGGGCCCUCCGCGGCUACCUGGCCCGCCCAACCACACUGCCACCACCACCGCCGCCAAGGACGACCCAGUCUUCAGCGACUCCUCGGAGCACGUCAACUUCGACUCGGAGGACUCCUGCCUGCCUGAGGACCUCAGCCUCUCCAGGCCGCUCAGGGUCCAGGUGAAGGAGGAGCCGGCCGAGGAGGCAGAGGACGAGACGGUGCCCGCGGCGCCCACAGCGCCCCCCGAGGCCCCCAAGGAUGCGGGUGCGGGCGGCAGGGAGCCAGGCCUGUGGCCCUGCGAGAAGUGUGGCAAGGCCUUCCCGGCGGCCAAGCAGCUGGAGCGGCACCAGGAGCUGCUGUGCUCGGUGAAGCCCUUCAUCUGCCACGUGUGCAGCAAGGCCUUCCGCACCAACUUCCGCCUCUGGAGCCACUUCCAGUCGCACAUGGCCCAGGCCGCCGACGACCCCACCGCGCCCAAGGACCCUGACGCCUGCCCCGGGCCCACCAGCUCGCCCUCGCCCCCACCGCUGCCCCCGCCCCCGCCGCUGCCCAAGAUCCAGCCCCUGGAGCCCGACAGCCCCACGGGCUUGCCCGACACCCCGGCCCCCGCCCCUGGCGCCCCCACCGCCGAGAAACUGUUUGUGCCCCAGGAGUCAGACACGCUCUUCUACCACGCCCCGCCACUGUCAGCCAUCACCUUCAAGAGACAGUUCAUGUGCAAGCUGUGCCACCGCACCUUCAAGACGGCCUUCAGCCUCUGGAGCCACGAGCAGACCCACAACUGAGGCCGGCCCCGGGGGGCCGGGCGGUGGCGGGGGGCCGGGCGCGUGGGACGCUUGCAUCUGUGACGCGGGGAAUGCUGGGCAAGUAUUUCUUCCUUGGGUUCUCUCAGAUACUGACCGGUAAGAUCUUAGCCAUGUUCUCGAGUCCAGACUGCAUCAGGAAUAAGUGGGGUAGUUGCAGGACUGAGUUAGAUCUUAGAAUACUCUAGCAAUAAGAAAAAAAGAGAAACCUCAACUUGAAAACGUUAUCCUGACACUUGAUAAAAAAAAAAAAAGAUCAAAUAUUGGGUAUUUUGUGGUCACGUAGAAAUUUUUUUGUUAUAUGAGGAUUGUGAGGAAUUUAAAUCAGCAAUAGGUUUUUAUAAAAUAACAGACUUGCUCUUGGGUCAUUUACUGUAAUUACCGGAGAGAAUCUGGGAAAUGUAAAUCCCCUGAUUCCCAGAGCUCGGCCUCUGGGGGAGAAGCGCUGGGCCCCCGCCUUGUCCAGUGGGUGCUGCCGGCCUCUGCCCACCUGGGGGUCCUCCCCGCAGUGUCUGCACUUACAGUUCUCGCACAGCCACUCCACAGCCCAACUCCAGCCUCCCGAGCCUCGCGCUCCGUGGCACCCUCUGCCUUUCCAGAAGGACAGGCCAGCCGCAGGCGUCCCACCGGCUGGGACCUGUGUUCUGUCCCGUCUCGUGGAGGGUUUGCCCGGGAGAAACCCUCCAGUCCUGCCCUGUUCCUGUUUGCACCUGGGGGUCUGAGCGCUGGCACUCGGUGGUGACCAAAAGUCUCUGGGUAGGAGCCAUCCUAAGCCCACGGGGGUCUCAGAGGGAAACUCACCAGGGCGGGAACGUCCUUUCCAGAGCCCGUGCCAUAGGACAGUGGGGAGGGGGCUUGCUCUGCACGGCUGACCCGGGUUUCAGCGGCAGCACCCCACGUGGUCACCCUGAGCCCCACCAGGAGCUACCCCUGAGAGCAUGGCCAGGUGUGGGAGUCCCCACCCCCUAGUGCCCCUCCCUAGGUCCUGAUGGGAAGGAGGGCUCCGAGGUGAGGAUCCACAGGGCCCGGCCCCCGCCCUCACCUGGUCACUGACGGUGACUGAGGCAUCGGCCAUCUAGAAAGGAGCCAUGGAAACUGGCCUUGGCGUCCUCUAGCACCGGGCGACUUCCAGGGGGCAGGGUGAAUUUGACAGAGGAAGGGGAAACAACACAGGUGCCAGUCACUGCUGCUGUCCAGUUCCCGAAAGAAAUCCAUUUGUCCGAGAGAGAGACAGGCCCGAGCAGGGCUCUGUGUGCGGCUGGCGCUGGGUCCACUCCACUCACUCCCCGAGGCCCACCCCUGCCCCCCGGAGGGCCUUGGCGCUCCGGCAAAGUCAGCUUCCCAAGACUUGAACCUUUAGGCUACAUUUCUGAGGAUUUUUUCUAAUAAUGUACAUCCGUAAAGACUAUUUUUGAUCUAAAUAGAAGCUCUGCUUACCUGUUAGAUUUUUUAAAACUUCCAGUGUUUUUUGUCCUUCGUUCACUCUUUCGUGUAGGCAAGGAACAGAAGAUUUCAAGUAAAACUUUCGAACCAAAAACAUUUAUAACACAGUUGGUUUUCUAUUACUUUUUUAUACUGUACCUUAAAAGCAUUAGACUGAAAGUUUAUUUUGGUGGUCAAAAAAUUAAAUAUGCUCCCACUCAUGUAACUAUUUUAAAUGUAAGAGGUAAAAUAAUAGAAGACGUCAAUGGCUUUACUCAGUAAACUUUUUUAAGGAGAGUCGAUCUCGGCCAGCAGAUGCCUGGUGUAAAUCGGAGCUGGCCUUUCAUUGUUGCAGCCCCAGUUACUAAAGAUAUUCUUGUAAAUGUUUUUUCUGAUUGUAAUUAAUUUUUGAAGAUGUAGAAAGCUUAUCCCCGUGUAAGUAUUCAGGAUGCCUGCCUUUUUUAUGCAUUUGUGGAAAGAAUGUAAGAUGUUUUAAUAUAUUCUUUGUUCAUCUGA